AUGGCUGCCAAGUAUCAGAUUGUUUUGAUCCGUCAUGGCGAGAGCCAAUGGAAUGUCGAUAACAAAUUUACAGGCUGGCAUGAUGUGCCUCUAUCUUUGAAGGGUGAAGAAGAGUCACAUGAUGCUGGCAAGGUACUGAAAGACGCGGGCUUUAAGUUUAACUUGGCUUAUACUUCAGUACUUAAGCGUGCUAUCAAGACGCUAUGGAACAUUCUAGAGGAGAUGGACCUCAUGUGGAUACCCGUAAUGCGCUCAUGGCGUCUUAAUGAACGCCACUACGGUGCACUUACGGGCCUAAACAAGCAGGAAACGGUAGACCAGCAUGGCAUUGAGAAAGUCAAGAUCUGGCGCCGCAGCUAUGCGACGCCACCUCCGCCGCUUGAUGCCAGUAGUCUGUACUACCCUGGCAACGAUCCCAAAUACGCGGGCGUGUCCAAGGAGUUGCUGCCUUUUGCUGAGUCUCUAGCCACGACGGGCGUGCGUAUGCUGCCGUAUUGGGAAGACACUAUCGUUCCAUCGAUUAAAGAAGGAAAGAAGAUUGUGAUAGCAGCACACGGCAACUCGCUACGUGCGCUUGUGAAACAUCUGGACAACAUUCCAGAGGACACAAUCACUGGUCUCAACAUUCCUACGGGUGUGCCUCUCGUCUACGACCUGGAUGAGAACUUGAAGCCUGUGCCGCACAAGGACGCCAUUGCUCCUUUGUCUGGAUAUUACAUCGGCAAUCAGGAGGAGAUUAAGGCACGCAUUGCCGGCGUUGCAAACCAGACCAAGACUUAA